AUGGACGACGACGAUGGCAGCGAUUCUGACUCAUUUUCAUUACCUCCAGCCGUGAACAUUGCACUGGACCGCGCCAUCGACUUUGUCUGGCGUCUAGGCGCCGAGUACCCGGAAACCCAGCUGGUGCCAGCCGGCGACCAUGCGCGCAUCUACAUGCUGCAGUUUGUCGGUCUGUGGACAUCGAGCGUGCUGCCGGCAGUUAUCAGUGGCACCAAAGUCAACGAGAACGACUUGGUUACGCUGGCCAAAUGGCUGAAGUGGCAGAGGCACGCGAACCAGCGCAAGGGGCCGUUUUGGCUCGGCCGCCGCAUCGCUCUGCCCGAGGUCGUUGUAGCGCCGUUUGUCGAUGAGCUGCUGUUUGAUGGCCGGAUGCCGGAUUCACCCGAGUGUGCUGCGCUAGCCGCUUGGCUGGCUGCUAUCCAGGCGUCGCUGCUCAUUGUAGCCUAG